UCUAACUUUUUAUACUCAAUUGAGCAGGAAUGAUGAGCAAUCAGAGGAAUGUGUUUCUUCUCGAUAGAAAGAAAACGAUGGUGGUAUACAGUGUGAAACGAGCAAGUGAAUUGAAGUUAUCAAAUAAUAAUCCGAGAAGAAAAAAAGAAUAUAACAGUUUUUUUUAUCAACUUUCACAUACUACUUACUCAAGAUAUUCGUUUCAUAUCAAUGAUAGAAUGAACUAUGACAAUGAUCAAUGAAGAGAAUGAAACAACAACAAUAACAAAAUAUCACCAACUGGAAGGAAUGUGCCAAAAAGAUUUUUUUUUCUUAAAAAAAAAGAGUACUGAACAAGCAAG